CUUGGAUUUAGUGCUACAGUGUAGAAGAUCGGGCAACUGUCUGCCAUAUUAGCUGGCUGCUGGAUACAACGUAUUUUUCCUCACUUGCACUCACAGCAAUAACACACUCGCCUGCCCACCCCCAGACACUCUGACGUUCGUCAUGGGGCAGCUGUUGGCCUCAGAGCAGGAGCAGGCGGGGGCUCAGGAUGCUGUUGGCUCUCUGCUCUACUCCGCCAUGUUGGAGGCCGGUGCUCUGCCUGAUGUUGCCGUCGACCACUACUUGCUAGCUAAUCCAGAGAGCCUGGACUCCAGGGCCCACCUCCAGGACCACCUCCGCCAGCUGCAGGGGCACGUGGGUAAUCGGGCGCCCACCUACCUGAAGGAGCUGAUCAGCCGCCUGGUUGCUUUCUCUGAUGAGCCCAAGGUGGCAGCCCUGGUGGGCUUGGUGGUCUCCAUGGUGAUGGAGACUGCAUAUGCCUCGUCCAGGGGAUCAGUGAGGUCGAGGGGUUGCCAAGUCGAAGAACGGCGAGCGGAGCUCCAGGAUGUUAUGGAGGAGUACCUCAAGCGCUGCCGGAUGCACUUGAAUGAUGAGCAGAAGCUGAGAGAAGACACCCAGCGUCUGGAGGGCCAGCUGAGCUACCUGCUGACCCAGCUGAAGAACACCAUGCUCAGGGAAGGCCCCAGCUCCAAGGCGCUGAAGCACUGGGCCAGCGGCGCCGCCUUCCACACCCAGAUGCUGCUGCACCUGACCAGGCUAGAGCAGAGAGGAGACCCGCUGGUCGUCCAGGCUGCUAUGGAGCAGUACCAAGAGGACUUCAGAGAGAUUCUACCUGCGUACAGACGCUACAAAGCCAGUACGGUGACUGUGAUAAAGUGUAGGGGAGGGCUGCAGACCGGGGAGGACCCUCUGAGUGAGGGGAGUGUGACUGGGUUCACUGUGGUGGAUAAAGAGUUAGAGAGGAGUGUGAGUGUACCCCUACCUGAGGACGCCCCCCCUGGCAUUGUCCUGAUCACUUCAGAUAUGUGUGCUCAGGCCUAUUUAGAGCAACUCUUCUCUCCACAAGGCCCCAUAGCAGAGCUGGAGAGGUACUUUCUCAACAGCAGAGAGAGUCUAUGCAUGAAGUUGAUGGUACAAGAACCAACAGACCCCAACGAGAGGCUGAGCCUGAGCAUAGUGGAAACAGAACCCCUAGACAGAAGAUAGACCCUGAACACUACCACAGCACAUGUUCGUGUUGACUUUCAUACAGGCAUAGGCAAGAUGCACAAUCCACGGAACUGAACGAACACUCUUGAAUAAAAUGUGCAUUUAUUGUAUGUAUGAUCAAAUGUUUAAUAAUAAUCUGUUUUUCAAUGCUAAUGUUCUCCUAUGAAGUUCUGAGAAAACAUAUUAUAAAAUCACGUGAAUAA